AUGGACGAUAUGACGCAACCAUUGGACGAUUAUGGCAAGAACGAGUUGAAUUCAGAUGAAUUCAUGAAUAAACAAGUUAAUAAACCAUUUCAUACUACUGAAAGAAAAAAACGAAAAAGUUCGAUCUUCGCCCCAGAGGCACUCCAUCGCGGUCAAUGGACUGGACCACUUGAUUUCAUAAUGUCCUUAGUCGCAUAUGCAGUUGGAUUAGGCUCGUUUCUCGUGGUUUAUUUCAUAUUCUUUUGCCUCGCUGCAGUUCCAAUUUUCCUUAUGGAAGUCACUAUUGGCCAAUAUAUACAACUUGGAGCGAUGGAAAUAUGGAAUAUGUGUCCGAUAUUUAAAGAAGUUCCAGGUGUUGGACUUGGCAAUAUAGUAAUAUCAUUUAUGUGCAUAUCGUACUUCUGUGUCAUAUCCAGUUGGUCCAUUUUUUAUAUGAUCAACUCGUUUAGCUCGACUUUUCCAUGGGAAACUUGUGAUAAUUGGUGGAAUAACCAUUUAUGCAUUACUGGCCGCGAAAACUCUUCAAUAUUAAGUACAAUCAAGAAUAAUUUGUCGCAUUAUAAUCAAUCAACAGAAACGAGCGUUGAACAAUUUUGGGAAAGAAGAGCACUCCAACAAUCCGGCUCUAUACACGAAUUUGGUGUAAUACGAUGGGAAUUAUUUGGAUUAAUGGUUAUAACUUGGCUCAUUGUGUAUUUCGCAUUGCGAAAGGGGAUAACGCAAGCACGAAAAUUUGUUUAUUUUUGUGCUCUAUCACCUUAUUUAUUAUUAUUUAUUCUAUUCAUUCGUGGUAUAAGCUUACCUGGCGCAAUGACAGGAAUAUCUUUUUAUCUUACACCAAAUAUCACUAAGCUAUAUCAAACCACAGUUUGGAAAGAUGCAGGCACUCAGGUCUUCUAUUCAUAUGGAGUUGGAUUUGGUACAUUGAUUGCACUCGGUUCACACAAUAAAAGGAAUCAUAAUUGUUAUAGAGAUGCAUUUAUUAUGUGUAUUAUUAAUGGAUCAACCAGUAUUUUUGCCGGUUUUGUAGUUUUUUCUAUUCUUGGAUAUAUGUCAACAACUGCAGAUAAAAAUAUCGCCGAAAUAGUGAAACCAGGAGUCGGACUUGCAUUUCAAGCCUAUCCAGAAGUGGCCAGUAAUUUACCGCUAAAACAAAUCUGGGCAAUUUUAUUUUUUCUCAUGAUUACUAUUCUUGGCAUCGACAGCCAAGUUUGUAUGAUGGAAGGCUUUUUCACAGCGAUUGAAGACGUAUUUCCAAACAUUAUCAGAAAAUAUAAACAAAUUUCACUAGCAGUCAUUUGCAUGAUAUUUUUUAUAAUCGGCAUUCCAAUGGUAUCAUCAGCUGGUUCAUAUUGGUUAACUUUAUUUGACGCUUAUGGUGCUAGUGGAAUUGCCCUAUUAUUUGUAGUCUUCUUUGAAAUUGUUGGACUUGCCUGGGGAUUUGGAGCAGGCAAAGUAAGGACUGCAUUAAAAGAUAUGAUAAAUGUGAGCGUUUGUUUUUCGUGGGAAAUUCUCUGGAAAUUUAUUUCGCCAGUCGUUACUGCACUAUUAUUCUUUUUCUGUAUUUUGAAGUAUUCUCCACUAAAAUACCCAACAGGAGAAGAAUUCCCACCCUGGGCUGAAGCUUUUGGAUUUUUUUUAUCCUCCUGUUCUAUGCUUGCAGUUCCAUUAUAUUCUCUUUAUUAUCUCUUUUUCAAAGAUGAACACGGAACAUUCAAAGAGCGAUUAUGCCGUGGACUUCAUCCUCCUCCAAAUUUUGGAUCAACACGGCUGAAGCCAUUUGUGUGCGAUGAAGAUAUGAAAUACAUCGAUGCUGGUCGCGAAUUAUUAGAUAUAAAUACAAUAUGUAAAAAAUCAUCCGAGAUUUAG